AUGGUGCCCGACACCGACUUCACAGCGGCGCUCAACAAGCCGCUCGAGGUCGUCCAGAAGAUCUACAGCGAUGCUCAGGACAAGUCGCCCGACAACAUCACCAAGCUCGUCACAGCCCACUUCCAGCAACUCUUUGCCUCUUCCGAUGCCAAGUCCAAGAUCCCCACUCUGUCCGCUGCCAAUAUCGCCACGCUUCUUCCAAAAGCGAAUGCCGAUGCUGGCAGCUUACAUCGUCUGGUUCGGUUCCGCGCCAUGAUCCAGGACACCGGUCUGGGUACCGAGGUGUUCUUGGCCAAGCAUCAACAGGGGGACCGCAACAUCACCGGCCUCUUUGGCGGCGAGGCCAUCCUUCCAGCCUCGGAGAGCUCAGUCGAUACUGAGCACGCCGAACCUGAUCAUCAGAAUCUUGCCGAGAGAGCAGUCAUGUACGCCGUCUCCGUGCCUGGCCAGACGGAAUGGGCGGCCCAAGCGCAUCGCGAGGCGGCAGCUGAAGCAUCCUCCGAUUCCAGCGUUGAUGAGCUCACCAGCGCCACUGCAGCAGUAGCUCUCGAAGAGCCUCAGUCACCACAAAAGGUCGAGGAAGUGCGUCAGCGCAUCCGUCGCGCGGCCGAGAAGGGAAAGGCAAUCGGAUCGUCAGGCAAGGUGCCCCGUCUCGUCGCGAUCUCCAAGCUCCACCCUCCUUCGGCCAUCCUCGCUGCACACAAGAAAGCUGGCCAGCUGCAUUUCGGCGAGAACUACGUCCAAGAGAUGGUCGACAAGGCCAAGGUGCUCCCUCGCGAGAUUCGCUGGCACUUUGUCGGCGGUCUGCAGAGCAACAAGGGCAAGCUUCUGGCAUCCAUUCCCAACCUUUACCUCUUGGAAACGCUCGACUCGAUCAAGGCGGCGAACGUCCUGCAAAAGGCGCUGUCUUCUCCGGACGCUGCCAAGCGCGACGAGCCUCUGCGUGUCUACCUCCAGGUGAACACGAGUGGCGAGGAUGCCAAGAGCGGCCUGCCUCCCGUCCUGUCCACCGACCCGGAGCAAGCCAAGGAGAGCGAGCUGCUCAAGCUCGCUGUCCAUGUCAUCACCACGUGCCCGAACCUGCGUCUGCGCGGUGUGAUGACUAUCGGCGCUGCGGCCAACAGCUCCAGUGCCGACGCGGAUCAGCCCAAGAGCGUCGACGAAAUUGUCUCGGCCAAUCCAGACUUUGAAAGGCUCAUUCACACGCGCAAGAACCUGGUCGAGUUGUUGCGCAAGGACCCUGAUGUGGCCAAGGCGGAUCAGGCCCAUGUCAAGGAGGCCUAUGCGGAUCUGCUGGAGGGGUCCGAGGCAAACGGCGGUCUAGAGCUCAGCAUGGGCAUGUCGGCUGACAUGGAUGUGGCCACCAUGGCUGGAAGCGACAACGUCCGAGUGGGUACCGAUUGUUUUGGACGCCGACCUGGCACGCGGGAGGAGGCGAUGAACGGCAUGAAGCGCGAACUCGAAGUCGGUCCCGAGGCUGCUGCCGAGGAGCUGAAAGGCUCAUCAGCUCCGUCGCAGGGCGGUGCGGCAUCGUCCAGCUCGAGCGGAGCGGAUAAGUUCACUUUGCCCCGGGCUUAUCUCGCCAAGUCUCCUCUGCCCGAGGCUCCGCACGUCGGCGGGUUGGUGAAGCUGUACGAUCUGGAAGCGGCCGAGAAGUUCAAGACGACCGAGCUGGUCGAGGUGAUCGGCAUCCUGGACAAGGCGAGCCUGCCCCAGGCCGAGUGGCAAGAGACCGGGUCCGGAGCUGCCUCGGGCGCCGAGCCGGCAGAGGUGCCUUGCAUCCACGCUGUGUGCGCUUUCGCCGUCGAGCUUGAUUCUGUCCGAGCUCAGGAGUCGACGGGCGGAUCGUCGUCCGGCAAUGCGCUGGCGCAGGCAGCGGAUCGAGAUGCUCUUAUUACGUUUCUCAGCGGCGGUUUGGCAGGCGACAAGUUGGCGGCCGAGCUGGUGCUGCUGGCGACGAUCGCGCGCAUCCACGUGCGACGCGCCAACCUGUGUCUCGGCGCACUCACGCUCAACGUGUCCAACUUUGGAGCGGCAGGCAAGACGGCUUCUUCGGCGGAGCAGACGCAGCUCUCGCGCCGGCUCAACAUGCUGCUUCCGGCGGUGGUGGAUGUUUCGAUGGAGCUUGCUUCGCUCAACGACGACCGCAAGCCUCUGUACGCGCGCAGCGCCGGCGAGGGGACGGGACUGGAAGCGGGUCGGCUUCAGCUCGUGAAUGGCACGACGAUCGUGGUGAACGAAGGCACCAUGGGCGAGGGACAGCUCAAGGAGUCGGGCAUCCGCAACAUCCGUGCGCUUUCGUCGGUGCUCGAGUCGCACAAGCUGCCGUACGCAUUUCCGUACUCGGAGUUUGAGUUCGACACGGACCUCAACGCGAUCGUCCUGAGCCAGGGCAAGAGUUUCCUGCCCUUCGACAUCCACUGCCCGCUGUCGCCCGAGGCUGGUAGCGAGGAUCUGUACUCGAGCUCGGUGCCCAAGGACGAGGCAGAACAGCUGGCUGGCUGGAGAAGCGCUCUGCUUGAGGCGAGGAGUCUGGCGACUGCCAAGGCGUUCGAGAUCCCCGAUAGCGUCAGCGAGCAUAUUCAGCACGAGUUUGUCGCCGAGAGACGCAAAGAGCAGCAGGAGUCCAAGGAUGCCCACGGAGGUGUGGCGAGCAAGGAAGGCGCGUUGGGACAGGAGGAUCUGCUGCGCAGAAUGUCGCUCGUCCGUCUGCUGGCCAUCUCGCACGCCGAAAAGACGCUCACGAUCGAGAGGUGGAAUUCCGCCGUGGAGCUCGACAAGCAGCUCAUGCAGCGUGUGGCUGCCGCUCAGCCGCAGUCGCAGCAAAACCCUGCAUCGGGCUCGGCCGGCGCUGGCGUAUCUCGUUAG